UCUGUUACGCCAUCUAAAGGUUCCUUCGCUUGCACUUCUGCUAUCUGUGAUUACAUAUUCCAGUCGUUAGCCGUUAAUCUGCUAUACUAUUGGUGUAAAGGGGCAGCCAGGACUGGGUAUGCCAUCCUCCAGAAGGGAGGAAGUGCCAUGGAUGCUGUGGUUGAAGCAGUGGCCCUGAUGGAGAACAACCCAAGGUUCAAUGCAGGUCAGGGGUCAGUGCUAAAUGUGAAGGGGGAAGUGGAGAUGGAUGCGAUGGUAAUGGAUGGCAGGAAUCUAGAUAGUGGGGCUGUUUCAGCGGUCAGAAGAAUUGCUAACCCAGUGCAACUGGCCAGGCUUGUCAUGGAGAAGACAAAACACUUGUGUCUGACAGCUGAAGGGGCCUCUAAGUUUGCCAGAAGCAUGGGUGUAGCGGAAGUGCCUGAGGAGUCAUUGAUCACAGACUAUGCCAAGAUGCGCUGGAAGAAGAACCUGCAGCCAGAUGCCAACCCUGUGGAAUGCCAAAUGGGCAAGAUGGGAACAGUUGGUGCAGUUGCUGUGGACAAAGACGGGAACAUUGCUUGUGCCACAUCCACUGGUGGAAUGCUAAAUAAAAUGGAGGGUCGUGUGGGAGACACGGCGUGUGUUGGAUGUGGGGGUUAUGCAGAUAACAAUAUUGGGGCUGUCUCACCCACGGGCCAUGGGGAAGCCAUCAUGAAGGUCACGCUGUCUAGACUCGUUCUCUUCCACAUGGAGCAAGGCAAGACCCCAGAGGAGGCUAGUGACCUAGCUCUUACGUAUAUGAAGGAGCGGGUGGAUGGUCUUGGCGGGGUGGUGGUGGUAGAUCCAAAAGGGACCUGGGCAGCUCAGUUCAGCAGUUUACAGAUGUCAUGGGCCGCUGCCCAGCAGGGCAAACUCCACUAUGGGCUGCUCCGUGGCGAACACUUUGUUGAGCCUGUACAAGAGAACAUAUAAUGACCAUACAUAUAUGCACAGUCAUAGGCACAUUUUAGUUUACAUUUUUACAAUCAGUAUUUAAUACAAAGGGAAAUGUGCAUUCAUGCAAAUAAGUGUUUGUCUGAAUACAUACAUGCAUCAUGGCAGUAAUUGAGCAUUAUUAUGCAUUUGGUGGUUGAUCUUCUCUACAGUAAACAGUAAAGCAAUGCAAGUCUUAUAUAUAUUAAUGGACACAAUAACUAUUAUAACACUCCAUUUUUGAGGACACUACAACAGUGUAAUACUGUAUUUUCUCCAGUAGAUGGAGGUAAAUUUAUGAUUUUGGAAUCGUGAAUUUUAUUUGUUGUAAGGUGCAGUGCCCAUUAAAAGAGACAGUUCACCCCAAAAUGCUAAUCCUGUCAUCAUUUACAUUUGUUCCAAACCUGUUAGACUUUCUUUCUUUUGUUGAGCAUAAAAGAAAAUAUUUUGAAGAAUGUUGGUAACAAAACUGUUGAUGGUAGUUUCCAUAGUUUGAGUAUAACUUCAAAAUAUCUUAUUUUGUGUUAGUAAAUAUUGACAGAAUUGUCAUAUUUGGAUGAAAUAUGCCUUUAAUAAUAAUUACAUUUUUUUAAAUAAA